AUGGCCGUCUCCACCUCGUUCGAACUAAAUCCACCUUCUCUAAGUCGUUUGACCAUGUUCUCUUUCUUGAAGUCCUUGCUGAUAGUAAGUUCCACGUUCGAGUCCUUGCUGUUCUUCGCAAACAACGGCGGCAAAUCGUCCUCGGGAACGUGGAAAAUCAGCCAUUCCAGAGCAUCCGUGAACGUUCCGGUGUAUUUGAACGCUUCCUCAACAUGCGGCUUUCUAAAGCCAAGACUAAUCAGCGACUGGAUAUCUCUGUCCACAUCCGCUGCCUCGAUUUUCUGCUCGGACCACUCAACAUGGUGUCGAAUAGAGUUCUCGAUCAAAACACGCGUUUCUGGUUUCAGAUCAAUAAACACAGUGCUAUCCCAGACUUUUCGAGGAAACUUGACCUGGUCCUUAACAACCACCUCGGACCGAACUUCCUUGGGCUUUGGCCGUUUAACUCCAAUGGAAAUCAUUGGUUUUUUCGUCCGCAGCUCGGCAUCCUUCUUCGCUUGCUCCUCCUUCUGUUUCUUUUCCUGUUGCUUACGUCUCUCUAGCACAACAUUAAACGGAUCAGAACAGUACUCUUCCUUGGCUUUGCCAGGAUUACUCUUGACCAAUGCCUUUCUCUCUGCCUCCAGAUCCGACCACAGCUGCUUGUGGUUCGUGGGAAGCACCAUGUGCAAGUUUUUGUCCGAAGCUAUGCGAUGA